GCGGUGGCGGCGCGCGCCGGGGCCGCCCCUCAUCCCCCGCCAUGGCCGCCCCGCCGCAGCCCAAGAAGGUCGUGGCCCCCACCGUGUCGCAGAUCAACGCCGAGUUCGUCACCCAGCUGGCGUGCGAGUACUGGGCUCCGCACAUCAAGAAGAAAUCCCCCUUCGACUCCAAGGUCAUCGAAGACAUAUACGAGAGAGAGAUUGUCAAGUCACGGUUUGCCAUUAGGAAGAUCAUGCUUCUGGAGUUUAGCCAGUACCUGGAAAACUACCUGUGGCUCAACUACUCCCCGGAGGUGUCCAGCAAGGCCUAUUUCAUGUCCAUCUGCUGCAUGGUGAACGAGAAGUUCAGGGAGAACGUCCCCGCCUGGGAGACUUUCAAGAGAAAGCCGGAGCACUUUCCCUUCUUCUUCAAGCGCAUCCUGGGGGCCCUGCUGGCCGACGGGGCCGAGGAGCCCUCCCUGCCCGAGCAGACCAUCCUCCUGCUCUUCCUCGAUCACUGCUUCAACAGCCUGGAAGUGGAUCUGAUCCGGAACCAGGUGCAGCAGCUCAUCUCUCUCCCGAUGUGGCUGGGGCUUCAGCCCGCCCGGUUGGAACUGGAACUGAAAAAGACCCCCAAGCUGAAGAAGUUCUGGAAUUUGAUCCGGAAGAAUGAUGAGAAAAUGGAUCCGAAGCUCCGGGAAGAGGCCCAUCAGGAGCGGCGGUUCCUUUCCCAACUCAUCCAGAGGUUUAUCUCCGUGCUCAAAUCCAUUCCCCUCUCGGAGCCCGUGACCAUGGACAGAGUCCACUACUGUGAAAGGUUCAUCGAGCUCAUGAUCGACCUGGAGGCCUUGCUGCCCACCCGCCGCUGGUUCAACACUGUGCUGGACGACUCGCACCUGGUGGUUCACUGCUCCCUGUCCAACCUGGUCCGCAGGGAAGAGGACGGCCAUCUCUUCUCCCAGCUCCUGGACAUGCUGAGGUUCUACGCCGGCUUUGAAAUCAACGACCAGACGGGGAACGCCCUGACGGAGAACGAGAUGACGACGAUUCACUAUGACAGGAUCACCUCCCUGCAGCGGGCCGCCUUCGCCCACUUCCCGGAGCUCUACGACUUCGCCCUGUCCAACGUGGCGGCCGUGGACACCCGCGGGGCCCUGAUGAAGCUCUUCGUCCCCCUCGGUUCCAACACUCUCCACCGGGUGGCCUCCCACCUCUGCCUCCUGCCGCCCCUCGCGGACGGCCGGGACUCCGCCUUCGACAAGGAAUUCCUGCUGGAGCUGCUGGUGUCCCGCCACGAGCGGCGCAUCUCCCAGAUCCAGCAGCUCAACCAGAUGCCCCUCUACCCCACCGAGAAGAUCAUCUGGGACGAGAACAUCGUCCCCACCGAGUACUACUCGGGGGAAGGCUGCCUGGCCCUCCCCAAGCUGAACCUGCAGUUCCUGACCCUCCACGACUACCUGCUGCGGAACUUCAACCUCUUCCGCCUGGAGUCCACCUACGAGAUCAGACAGGACAUCGAGGACGGCGUCAGCCGCACGAAGCCCUGGCAGUCGGAGUACGGAGGGGUGGUGUUCGGCGGGUGGGCUCGGAUGGCCCAGCCCAUCGUGGCCUUCACCGUCGUGGAGGUGGCCAAGCCCAAGAUCGGGGAGAACUGGCCGGCCCGGGUGCGGGCGGACGUGACCGUCAACCUGAACGUCCGAGAUCACAUCAAGGACGAGUGGCAAGGUCUGCGCAAGCACGACGUCUGCUUCCUGAUCACCGUGCGCCCCACCAAGCCCUACGGCACCAAGUUUGACCGGAGGCGCCCCUUCGUGGAGCAGAUCGGCCUGGUCUACGUCCGAGGCUGCGAGAUCCAGGGCGUGCUGGACGACAAGGGCCGGGUCAUCGAGGACGGGCCGGAGCCCAAGCCCAGGCUGAGAGGAGACUCGAGAACCUUCCGGGUGUUCCUGGACCCCAACCAGUACCAGCAGGAUAUGACCAGGACGAUCCAGAACGGGGCCGAGGACGUGUACGAGACCUUCAACAUCAUCAUGCGCAGGAAGCCGAAGGAAAACAACUUCAAGGCCGUGCUGGAGACCAUCCGGGACCUGAUGAACACCGAGUGCGUGGUGCCCGACUGGCUGCACGACAUCAUCCUGGGCUACGGAGACCCCGGCAGCGCCCACUACUCCAAGAUGCCCAACCAGAUCGCCCGCCUGGACUUCAACGACACCUUCCUGUCCAUGGACCACCUCAGGGCCAGCUUCCCCGGCUACAACAUCGAAGUCACUACCGAGAACCCAGACCAACAGGUCCCACCUUUCAGGAUUACUUUCCCGGUGAAAAGCGGGAAAGGGAAGAAGCGGAAGGACGCCGACGGGGAAGGUGAUGGCAGCGAAGAAGCGCAGACUCUGAUCGUGGAGCCCCACGUUAUCCCCAAUCGAGGACCCUAUCCAUACAAUCAACCCAAACGCAACACGAUCCAGUUCACCCACACGCAGAUCGAGGCCAUCCGGGCUGGGAUGCAGCCGGGGCUGACCAUGGUGGUGGGGCCCCCCGGAACGGGCAAGACGGACGUGGCCGUCCAGAUCAUCUCCAACCUGUACCACAACUUCCCCGAGCAGAGGACGCUCAUCGUCACCCACUCCAACCAGGCCCUGAAUCAGCUGUUCGAGAAGAUCAUGGCCCUGGACGUCGACGAGCGCCACCUCUUGCGCCUCGGCCACGGCGAGGAGGAGCUGGAGACGGAGAAGGAUUUCAGCCGGUACGGGAGGGUGAACUACGUCCUGGCCCGGAGACUGGAGCUGCUGCGGGAGGUGGGGCGGCUGCAGGAGAGCCUGGGGGUCCCCGGAGACGUGUCGUACACCUGCGAGACCGCCGGCCACUUCUUCCUCUACCAGGUCAUGUCCCGCUGGGAGGAGUACAUGAGCAAAGUGAAGGGCAGGGGAGCCCGCGACAAGCCGGACGUGGCCGACGUCAGCCGCCUCUUCCCCUUCCACAAGUACUUCGCCAACGCGCCGCAGCCCGUCUUCCGCGGCGACUCGUACGCGGAGGACAUGGAGAUCGCCGAGGGCUGUUUCCGGCACCUCCGGAAGAUCUUCACUCAGCUCGAGGAGUUCCGAGCCUUCGAGCUGCUGCGGAGCGGCCUGGACCGAUCCAAGUAUCUGCUGGUGAAGGAAGCCAAGAUCAUCGCCAUGACCUGCACCCAUGCCGCCCUGAAGAGGCACGACCUGGUCGAGCUGGGGUUCAAGUAUGACAACAUCUUGAUGGAGGAGUCAGCCCAGAUCCUGGAGAUAGAGACUUUCAUCCCCCUCCUCCUGCAGAACCCGCAGGACGGGUUCAGCCGCCUGAAGCGCUGGAUCAUGAUCGGGGACCACCACCAGCUACCCCCGGUGGUCAAGAACAUGGCCUUCCAGAAAUAUUCCAACAUGGAACAGUCCCUGUUCACCCGCUUCGUCCGGGGCGGGGUGCCCACCGUCGACUUGGACGCCCAGGGGCGGGCCCGAGCCAGCCUGUGCAACCUGUACAACUGGCGCUACAAGAACCUGGGGAACCUGCCCCACGUGCAGCUGCUGCCCGAGUUCCGCACCGCCAACGCCGGCCUGCUCUACGACUUCCAGCUCAUCAACGUCGAGGACUUCCACGGGGUCGGGGAGUCGGAGCCCAAUCCCUAUUUUUACCAGAACCUCGGGGAGGCCGAGUACGUGGUGGCCCUGUUCAUGUACAUGUGUUUGCUGGGCUACCCCGCGGAUAAGAUCAGCAUCCUGACCACCUACAAUGGGCAGAAGCACCUGAUUCGGGACGUCAUCAAUCAGCGCUGCGGGAACAACCCCCUCAUCGGGCGCCCCAACAAGGUGACGACGGUGGACAGAUUUCAGGGGCAGCAGAACGAUUAUAUUCUCCUUUCCCUCGUGCGGACCAGGGCCGUGGGCCACCUGAGGGACGUCCGUCGCUUGGUGGUGGCCAUGUCGAGGGCCCGGCUCGGCCUGUACAUCUUCGCCCGAGUAGCCCUCUUCCAAAACUGCUUCGAGCUCACGCCGGCCUUCAGCCAGCUCACCGCCCGCCCCCUCCACCUUCACAUCGUGCCCACCGAGCGCUUCCCCACCGACAGGAAGAACGGAGCCCACCCUGCCCACCCCGUGCAGGUCGUCAAGGACACGCCCCAGAUGGCCAACUUCGUCUACAAUAUGUACCUCCACGUGGUUCGGAGUUCUCACUGCUAUCGCCAGACGCUCCCGCCCCCGCCCGCCCUGGUGGAGGACAGGGAACCGGCUCCCAGUCAGGAGGCCGGAACGGAGGCCGCAACGGAGACGGGCACGGAGGCCACGGCGGAGACGGGCACGGAGGCCAAGAUGGAGGCCACAGCGGAGACGGGCACGGAGGCCACAGCGGAGACGGGCACGGAGGCCAGAAAGGAAGCCGAGGCGGAGGCCGGGACGGGGGCCGGGACGGGGGCCGGAACGGAAGCCGAGACGGAGACCGGGACGGGGGCCGGAACGGAAGCCGGGCCGGAGAUCGAGACGGAGGCCGGAACGUCAGAGGUGGAGGGGGAGGCCGAGACAUCAGAGACUGGGGUGUCCGAGAAAGGGGGGGAGGAUGGGCCCUCCUCGGCCGAGGGCCCCCAGGAGGCCGGGAGAGCUCCCGGCGAGCCGGCCGCACGGUGAGACUGUGGCCCGGCGGCGGCGCCGCCAGCUUAAUGAUUAAUACCUGACGAGCCAGCUCAGAGGUUUACUUUUCAUAUGGCCGAGCACUGGGUUUUCGGCCGAUUAAACUUCUUUUCCGUUCCCGUUCC